AUGCAAGAACCAAUCUAUAACCCCGAGUGCCCCAUGGCGACACUUACCCUCGCCUAUCAGUAUAAACUCGUCAACUGCCCCGGAAAGACCAUUGUCGGCAUGCUGGUCGAAUAUCCCCCCAAUGGUGCGACACCUCCUCAUCGCCAUGGAGGUGCUUCCGUCUCCGCCUACGUGAUUCACGGCUCUGUCUUGAAUAAGAUGAACGAUGACCCGAUGAGGGUGAUCGAGACUGGCGGCUCCUGGUACGAGGCACCAGGCUGUCACCACCGCAUUAGCGCCAAUGCGAGCAAGACCGAGCCAGCUACGUUCUUCGUCAACUUUGUGAUUGACUCGGAGACCUUGGAGAGAGAGGGUCCGUCAGUGCUUGUGCAAUAUGACGCGGAAUACAGGGAUCUUGUCGCACAGAAGAUGUUGGUGUAA